AAGAUGACGAAAAAAAGAAGGAACAACGGUCAUGCUAAAAAGGGUCGUGGUCAUGUGCAGCCUAUUCGCUGCACAAACUGGGCCCGGUGCAUACCCAAGGAUAAGGCCAUUAAGAACUUUGUUAUUCGAAACAUUGUAGAGGCCGCCGCCAUCAGGGACAUUUGUGAAGUGAGUGUCUUCGAUGGUUAUGUCCUUCCCAAGCUCUAUCUGAAGCUGCAUUACUGUGUGAGUUGUGCCAUUCACACCAAAGUGGUCAGGAAUCGAUCCCGGGAAGCCUGGAAGGACCGAACACCUCCACCCCAAUUUAGACUUGCAGGUGCUGCCCCACGACCUCCACCAAAGCCCAUGUAAGGAACUGGGUCUUAAUGGAUUGAAGAAAACUGUCUUGGGAAAG